CGAAAUAUGUUUUAAAAGUUCACCACACCCUUUUCAACAUUUCGAAGCUCGACGGCCAUAUUUCCUUUCUUUUGGAUUCUUGAAGUGAAAUAGCCAACAUGGGUUUCGCAAAUCUUUGGUAUUCUCAUCCACGUAAAUACGGCCAAGGCUCAAGAUGCUGCCGUUCCUGCUCUAACCGACAUGGUUUGAUCCGCAAAUAUGGUCUGAACAUCUGCCGUCAGUGCUUCAGAGAGUAUGCCAAUGAUAUUGGCUUCAAGAAGCUCGAUUAAAUUGAGAUAAAUCUCAUCAGAUGACACCAACAAUAUAUUGGGUCAUCGAAAUAUUUUCACAUAUUAAUACAAGUAGUUUGUUGGAAAGACAAACUACAUGAAUUAAUAUGUGGGCAACAACAGCAACAGCAGCAACAACAACAUCAUUUGAAAGUUUGAAUAAGAGGCAAUGGAAUUGAAAAACUAAAUGGUUUUUCAAGGAAGUGAGCGCGAGUACAAAUAGUUAUUUACUGUGAAAGUGAAAUCACUUAUUUGAGCUUUCCGAUGAAAAUAAAACAUAACAAGAAGAAUUA